AUGCCAGGGGCAAAUCGAGUACAUGUAGACAUAAGCCAGUACCAAGAAGACGAUGAUAAAAACUACCAUUACUAUUACACAACUCCUGACUCUACUACGGAGAGAAUAGAUGUAGUUGUGGAAUUAGAUCCUGCCGAAUUCCCUGGAUACAAAAGACUUACACAUAAACCACGAGGAUCAAAUAUAGAGAUUGGGGGAAUUGAGGAUGGUUAUGAAGCUAUGGAAGAGUUUAUGGGCUUAGUUCCCGGCUGUCAUAGUAUCUCCGUUUAUUACUGGAUGGGUGGAGUUAUGAGUUUCAGCCCACUCAUUAUCCAGCUCAACGCUAUAACCAAUGAAUACUACAAAUUCAAUGACAGUACCAGGAGGUGGGACAAAACAAAGAGUACUGAGAUUGCAAAGGAUCUUAUAACGGAGCUAGAUAAACAAAACUGUAAGCGCAAUACGGCUCACGUUGUAGACAUUUCAAGGAAGGAUGAUAUUAGUUACCGUUGCUAUGCUUGUAACAGGAAGAUUACUAUUAAUCUAAAAAAUCCAGGCAACUCUGACCCAAAAUACAGGAAAGACAUCCAAAGAGUGACAGAUGGUGACUAUAUAGGAAGGCUAAAGAACGGCAAAGGUAACAUCGACAAUAUUAUUAUGAAGGAAGAAGUAUCGGAACUUUACAUUUACGGGUACCCUCUUGAAGAAACAAAACCUCUUUUGCUAUACAUACCACCUGGAGAUUAUGGAGCAUCAUCCUUAAAUUCUGGUCGUUGGUUCAAAAGGGCAUCUUCCACUGGUAACAAAUGGGAACAACUUGACAGGAAUGAGCCAGACGGUCAUGAAAACAAUGAAGGAAUCCUAUCUCUCCUUCAACAACUCUCAAAAGAGAGUCAAUAUUUUGAUCCUUCAGAGGAAGAGUUUGAGUAUUAUAGAUCUGGUGUGGUAGCAGUUGGCGCAGUGGCCGCAAUAGCAAUUGUAGUAUUGGUAGGAUCGUCUAUUUUGGGUUUUAUCGGAUGCAAAUUAACUCCCGUAACGAGGAAUUGUCCAGUUAGUCUACACCUUCGUCUAUAA